AUGGUUGGUGUCUCGGCGCCCAAUGAAUCCGCACGUGGCUUCGCGGCAGCUGCUGGGAGAGCUUCAUACCCCUGGCACCAAUAUGUCAAGCUUCCUCCGCAUCAUCUUCAACCAGAUGGUACUCCGGACUAUCUGCGAAUGAUUCUGUCGGCGGACAUCUAUUCACUUGUCAAGCAGACGCCAUUAUCGCCCGCUGUGAACAUGUCCACGAAGCUGGGCUGCAACAUUCUGAUGAAGCGCGAAGAUCUGCAGCCGGUUUUCAGCUUCAAACUUCGAGGCGCUUUCAACAUGAUGCGCCAGCUAUCAGAAGAGCAAAAGUGGAAGGGCGUCAUUGCGUGCAGUGCAGGCAACCACGCGCAAGGCGUUGCAAUGUCUGGUGCGCAUCUCAGCGUGCCAUGCACGAUCGUCAUGCCCGUCGCGACUCCAACCAUCAAGACGGCCAACGUUGCCCGACUCGGAGCAAAAGUUGUCCUGCACGGUAACGACUUCGAUGAAGCGAAAGCCGAAUGCUUUCGCCUCGCGGAGCAAUAUGGGCUAGCUAUCAUCCCGCCAUUUGAUGAUCCACAGGUUAUCGCCGGCCAGGGAACGGUUGGCGUCGAAGUUUGCAGACAGACUGAUAUGUCGAAAGUCGACGCUGUCUUCUGCUGCGUCGGAGGUGGCGGCCUGCUGGCUGGCGUCGCGGCAUAUGUGAAGCGCAUCGCUCCACCUCAUGUGAAGGUCAUAGGCGUGGAAACUUACGAUGCGGAUGCGCUCACACGCAGCCUAGAGAUCGGUACGAGGGUUACCUUGGAUGAGGUCGGGCUCUUUGCAGAUGGAACCGCGGUCAAGAUCAUUGGAGAGGAAACUUUCAGAGUGUGCGAGGACUUGGUGGAUGGCAUGGUCAGAGUGGAUAACGAUGCUAUCUGUGCGGCUAUCCGAGAUGUUUUCGAGGACACUCGCUCCAUCCCAGAGCCGUCUGGGGCGCUUGCAGUCGCAGGAAUGAAGGAGUACAUCCGUUCGCACGGCUUACAAGGCUCUGGAAAGACGUUCAUCUCUGUCGUUUCUGGCGCAAACAUGAACUUCGGUCGCUUGCGCUUCGUGGCUGAGCGAGCUGAACUGGGCGAGCGCCGCGAGGCAUUGCUACACGUGGAGAUUCCAGAGAAGGCGGGGAGCUUCCUCGAAUUACAUUCACACAUCAAUCCACGCCCUCUGACCGAAUUUAGCUAUCGCUACCACAGCGACGAGGUCGCCCAUGUCUUCCUCAGCUUUUUCCUCGACGGCAAAGCGCCCGCAUCCAGUGUCCCUGCAUCUGCGGGCCCGGUGAAUCCUGCGGCAGCAACUCCACAACAAACAGCGGCUCUGCAGGAUUUGGCAUCUGGGAAAGUUUCAGCGGCUGUUGCAGCGACGGAAAUGUCUUCACAAGCUGCUGAGGAUGCGCAAGCAAAUGCACCGGCAGGCAGCAUGCCUCUUGAUCCGCGCGAGAUGGAAUUGCAGAACAUCAUGGCAAACAUUAGAGCGUCUGGUAUGCGAGUGACGGAUAUCAGCGCCAAUGAAAUGGCGAAGACUCAUGCGAGGUAUCUUGUCGGCGGCCGUUGCAAGGUGCCAAACGAGCGACUCUUCCGAUUUGAGUUCCCGGAACGGCCCGGUGCUUUGCGAAAGUUCCUUUUGGGCCUGCGUGUUGGAUGGAACGUGUCGCUCUGGCAUUAUAGGAACCACGGCGCCGACAUUGGCAGAGUGCUCGCUGGCCUGCAGGUUCCUUCGGAAGACCAUGCAACCUUCCAACACUGGCUCGAUCACGAGCUUGGCUACGUCUAUGUUGAGGAGACGUCCAACCCUGUUUACCAGCGCUUCCUAUGUGCGGAAUAG